AAAAGUUUUAUUUUAAUAACAUCUUCCCCUACCACAAUACUAAACCCAAAUCUUACUGUAAUGUAAAAAACAGUAAUUAUACUGAAAAUUAUUCAUACUAUUUUUAACUUACUCAUUAAAAUAGAUUUUAUGAGCGCCUACCCCUGCCACAACCCCAAACGCAACCUUCAAAGUAAUUUAAAAAUAUUAAUUAUUGUUGUACAGUGUCACAGAAAUUAUGCUAUGCUGACGUGAGUAUCCGCAGCUGUAUCCUAUUUAAACUUUGCCGAAACUAACGUCGCUUAAAAUACGCAAGCCUGUUUGGUUUCCAUAGGUUACCACGACGCUUUUGGAAAUUUCAUACAGACGAGCAAACUUUUCUUGGGAGUUUACGCUUUAAAGUGAAACGAUAGUAUCUAAAUUGUGGUAAUUAUUGUGGUAUCUAUUACAUAUUUAAAGUGUAAUCCGUAAAUAUAAUGAAAUUAUAGUAAAUAUGCCACCCAAACGGAAUAAAAGUAGUACUCCGUCCGGAGCAACUCCAACUGGGGCAGGCGCUGCUAACAAAAGCUGGGAGACUUCUCUUUCUGCGGCUGUAUUUGAGGAGAAUGAGUGGAGGGCCAGUCUGUCUGUAGUGCAGGUGGAGAAAGCAGAGGACGAACAGCUCAUCGGUUCCCUAGUGCAGGCGGUCCAACAGCCCAUGCGCAGGCUCUUCAGUGUGCUGUCCUGGGAGGACACUCUAGAAAAGAUCAAUGAACUGGGAAACCCAAAGACAAGAAAAACCAAAGAUGUUCCCAUGUUUUUUGAGGUGACGGAAGUUGCAAAGGCUGUGAUGGAUGCUGGAGAGGAAAUGACAGUGGAUCUAAUAGCAAAAUUAAUAAAAUUCCAACUACUGAUCAUCAAAAACACUGACGUUACAAGGAGGGCCUCUGAGCUAAAAGCCGUAGAGGAGAAUGCUCAUGUUAAAGUAGGACUGAAUUCUGCCAAUAAAGAUCAGGGAGGUAAAGGAGCAGCAAAGGGGAAAAAAGUGGCUGACAUUCCAGUUCCAACCAAAGACACCAAACUCAAACGCAGGGGGGAGGAGGAAAACACAAUCAAAUAUAUAGAUGAUGAGCCUGAUGAUGGUCCACAGCAAUACAUUCUGAUAGUGGGAUUCUAUGAACCCCUUCUGAUUGCAGUGCUGGACUCAAUGGGUAUCCAUGUGUCCAAUGUUAUUAAACUGGGUUUACAGAGAGAUGAACAUUCAGAGGCUCUAGAGGACACAGAGGCAGAGGAGGAUCACCAGUCAAAUGAAGACCAGGAAGUUGAGACUCUGAAGCAAAAAAGACAGCAGGAGCUAGAUGUUUUCUGGAAGCAGUUGGAUCAAGUCUUGAACAGUGAGAAUAUGGGAUCCAGACUCAGUCAUGUGGCCAGGUUGAACUAUAUUGUGAAGAGCCAGCUGCUACCCCAGGCUAAGUGUAACACUGAAGCAAUGGAAAAUAGAGAUCAACUGGCAUUUGGAGCUGCUAUAUUUGAAGGGGUGGCAUGUUUGGUGUAUGACAGCCUGGACUGGAGGAGACAGUACUGCCAUUAUCUCAGCAGCAUGAGGCUGAUUCAAGUGCCAGCGGCCUGCAAAUCCGGCAGUCCCAUCCAGCAGUCCCGACCACAGAGCUCCACUGAGGUUGUACAAACACCAAGGAAGAAAGUAGCGUCAGAGGAAGAUCCUGGUAUAAGACAAGAACCAGAAUCUCCUGUUCUGAGCACAGAGGUUGAUAUGAGAUACUACUGUGACCUACUGAACAGGGUUCCUGCUGAAAUCACAUCUGUACCACUUAUAUUACACUGCAUGCUGGAGCAGGUUUUAGCCUCAGAACAGGAAACCAAAGCAGGAUUGUGUGAUUCAGAGGAGCGCUUUAAUAGAUCAGACCAAGAUAUCAUGAGUUACAUGCUCUCAUCUGUGCUGAGUCUGCCACAGGACGAAGAGCAAAAGAAGGAAUUAAUGAAGGAUCUAGGGAUGAAGGACAGCUCCAUAAGUACUAAUCAGAAAUGCAGAAACACUCUCCUAAUCAAUCACCAUGAUGAGAGAGCAAGGAGACUCCAACCACUUCCUGUCCUGGAUGACUUUGAUGUAGUCAAAACUGAAGCAGACAUCAUGAAACAAAGCCAUGAGUGGACCAGCCUGAUGUCUAGACAUACAGAAAGCACUACUGAUCGACUGACCAGAGCACAGGAACUACUGCACUUCUGCACUGAUGAGUUUACAAGCUGGUCUGAACUUCAGAGGCUUCUACAACUGUUUGUGUUUGAGAGCAUGUCUUUAACUACAGUUGACGAGAGUGGCUGUAUUAACAGAUCUCAAUCACACCCUCCAAACCCCACACCAUGGGACAAACCUUUUGAAUACGCCAAACACCUCUACUGGAGCAAACACAGGAUAACAGGAUCAGCAAAACGCAGUGCUGAGAAUGAUGAACAAAUGGGUAACGAAGUGACCCUGACAGACCUCCAGGAGACCCUAAUUCGCCGACUGGAAGACUAUAACUUUGUAGAGAAGCACAGUGCUGAUGUUUUUCCCCAGGUCCUCCAAUCUGCUUCCGAAAUGUAUAGAUGUGUGGACACAUUUCAGUGUAGAGACAAUGCCGUGUAUGUCAUCUGCCACAAUCCAAUGAGCCAACAGAGGAGCUGCAAAGAAUUCUGGGAAGGAUCACUUCACACAGAUGUGGGCUUCAGGAACUACUUGGAAUAUGUGGCUGAUUCAAUCAGUGACUGGACCAAGCAGGAAGAGGAAAAAUGGCAGAUGGAGCAGGAAAAGAAAGUGUCAGAAAGAUCUCCAAUACAAUCCCCUUUGGAAACCAACAGGAUAAGAGACUCUCCAGUUUCAGACACAUGUGAACCAUAUAUAAGAGAAGACUCUCUUAAAGCAUGGAAAAUCGAGCAGGAAAGAUUAAGGGAAGAGGAGCAAUCCAUAAAGGCAAAGAAAGAAAAAGGAGGAAAAGCAACACCAAAAGUAGAAGAGAGGAUUGACUCUGUAAAGGAGAACAAGAAGGCGAUAUCAGCAAGAAAAAGCAGAGACAACAUGUCCAAAACACCCAGCUCAGCUACAAUGUCUAAAGAAAAGGCCAGAGACUUUCAAGAGAUGUCACAAGAACCAGCAAACAAUGAUGUAUUCACAGGCUACAGUUUAAAUGGAAAACUGGUGCGGAUCAUUGGUAAGGUUGAGUCUCUGUAUCCCCGUGAUGGAGCCCAAAUAGAUGUGGAGAGCUUUGGCUUUACUCAAGGGUUGACACAAAUGAAAGUAUGUGUGAAGAAAGAUGGCCAUCACUUCUACACACACAUUUCAGAGAGAAAAAUGGAUAGUAAACUAAAAGAGGUUGACAUGUUCAGUAAACAAGUUGAAGCAGAUUAUGAGAGAGAGAGAAUUGGCUCUUUUUAUGCUGUUCUGGCCAAUGGCAUUCAGUUUUCCUGCAGUCUGAGCAGUCCAAAUAAAACAAGAGGACAAACUCUCCAACCUAAUUUGUCCAAUGUCUUCUGUAUAGACCAGCAACUACAGGAACAGAUGUGUGUUUCUGAGGUACCUGAAGUACAGUGUGAGUCUGUAGAUGAUCCAUAUCAUUUACCAUUCCUCAAUCUGUAUGUAUCUCUUCCUAAUGGACUCAUCCUGCAAUUUGAUUUUGAUGAUUUAGUGGAUGGGGAAUCUUGUGUCCGAUCUUUGCUGAUACGACAGAGAUUGUAUAAUGCAGGCUCUAGUUCAGACCUCAGCACACACACUGAUGUCUCCAGAGUCAUUACCAGCAGAGGGACUGUUAUCAUACACAAGAUAGAUGGAUCUACUGAGGUGCUGUUUGCAGAUGGUACAGUCAGUACAAGUCCAGAUUCUAUACCAGUGUGUGUGUUGGUUCCACAUCUAAUUUUAAAGGAACCGGAGCCUGUCAAAGAACUGGACAUCAAAGACACUAAAGACAAAAAAGGCAAGCCUGAUUCCAAGGUGAAUGCAGAAGAAGAACAACAAAAGCCUGUAGAAAAUGAAAAACCAAACUACUAUCUCGAGGUAAGCGGGGGCUCUUGGAUGACUACUAUUCCCUCCGGUCUCAGAGUCGCCUCUAAAGCAGGCAAGAAAGUCGAAGUGCCACCUAUACAAGCCUAUCAGGCUACAGACCCCUUCAGCGGGACAGUGGUGGUCACAAGAGAGGACAACGUGCUGUCUGUGCUGAAGAAAGACGCAUCUGUGAUUGUAGACCAUGCAGAUGGAACGCGAAUUACCACCUUUUACCAGCAGGAAGAGAAAAGAGUGAGAGUGGAAAAAGCUGAAUUUGCCACAGUGGUGAUGGACUGUGAAGCACGAACGUGUGAAGUUUUUUUUAGUGAUGGCACAUCUAUCAGUGCAACUGCCCAAGGAUUUUAUAAAAUUUAUCCUCAUAGUGGAGGUGUUCUUCAUAUUGAUAAGGAUGGUGGAGCUGUGUACUCAUCUAAAGCGUCAAAAGAGCAACCAGAAAGAGACCCGACAGGCCAAUAUGUGAUGAACCACAGAGCAGAUGUUUUAUGUCAAGUAACGGACUCAGAGUGGAAUCACUUUCAGGUUUGUGCAGAUGGUCAUACUGCUGUCACGACUAACGAAUCAGAAAAGAGAAAAACAGAGACGGAAACAGACGUUCAAGUAAACGCUGGCUUUAAAACACACCCACCCAGGUUGUUUGUGGUGAAUGAGGACGGUUCAGCUUCAGAGCUGCUGAGAGCUGGAGAUGUGGAAGAUCUUCUACAGAAGGCUUACUGUGACUCUUCUAUCGCUGUUCUCACCGACCCGCUACCAGACUCACAAGAAUCAUUUGGCAUCACUCUGCUAAGGCCUUUCCCAGACAUCAAAUCUCAUUGGCUCUCAUCCAAGCAAGAUGAUGACAUCAUUCCCACCAACCUCAAAUCCAGGAAAUGGGAGUCUUUCCCGGCUUCUGAGAAGAAAACUCCAGGCCCUGUUUUUGGGACCACCCUUGGUUGUAGUCUCCAGUUCAAAGAGAAGCCGUCAAAGUCUGAUUCAGUCCACGUCCAACCAGUUUUAGAGUGUCCUGAAGUGCUGCUGGUGCGACAGAUUACCCAGAAUCCACCUGUCACUGAAUCAACACGAAGGAAACUGCAGAACAAAGUCAAGGCAUAUCUGGAGCAGUUGCUUCAGAGAGAGGCUCAGUGGGAGAAAAUGCAGCUAAAGGAUCCACGAACAGCACAGGAGAAGAGUCAUCAGAAUGAGCUGCUGCGCCUUGUACUGUCUCUGCCUGAUGCUGUAGAUCUUCCAGCUACCAUAGAUACAAGGCCUCAGUCAGCUGAAAUGGUGUGUCGCUACAGUGAAGCAGUGAAAGCAGCUCAACAUGCCCACAAACUACGGGAAAAGCCAGAAGAGAAAGUUAACAUGCGUGUCAAUAAAAAGAAGCAAAAGUCACUGUGGGAAAGCAGGAUUGACCAGCACAGGCAAGAACUCCAGGAGCAGAAAAGACACAGAAAUGCACUCAAACACCGAAUCGUUACGCCAUAUUUUCACCCUGAGCUGAAGGAAAUGACAGAACAGGCUAGUGCAACCCUAUGAACAUUUCUCAAAGAGCUAAAGCAUUUUAUCUGAUGUAUUUUUUUUUUUAGCACAAAUUUCUUCACUUUUUGAUAAUCAAACCCAUGCUGUCAAAUAAAAACCUGAAGUACACUAAACAAAAUAUAUUGGAAGAUUUAAGAUUAAAACUAAUAGAAAUUUCCUAUAUUGAAAAAAACUGAAAAAAACUGACAUUUUUACUUUUCUGCGAUACAUGUUGAAAUAUCGUAUAUAAUUUCAACAGAUUCAAUGAAUAGCUCUAUUACGAAAGUAUUUACACAAUAUUACGUUGAUUAUGAUGAUUUUGUAGAGUGCAUCUGCAUUAAAUAUAAUAAACAAAUCAAAAGUAUUGAUUAAAAACAGUAGAGCAAAAAUAUCAAUUAAAAUAUUUUAAUAUACUUAAGUACAAUCAAUCUUUCUUAAAGUUAAAAACAUGAUAAUUUAUUGUGCAUGAUGACAUUUACAGGCCUUUGAAACACAAACACGAUUAACUGUAAUUCUUGGUUAACUAUAAUCCCACCUUAACACUGCAGACCCAGCAAUGUGACUAUUACGGAUGCGCACAAUGCGAUAUCAAUGUUAAGACGAUAUAUUUGCAGCCCUAAUGACAAGUAACACAAGUAAUCACAAGUACCACAUUGCAUUAAACAUAAAAGUUGUCAAAUGUAGCAAUAUUUGAUUAACCUUUAUAUUUAACGUCCACUGGUGUCGCUAAUAACAAGUCGCUAGUUAUUCUACAUAUAACUAGGGCUGGGUAUCAAAUUCGAUACUUUUUAGGUACCAAAUGAAUAGCUUUAAUGCCACCAAAUAUCGAAAAAAAAUGUGUUGUUAUUCAGUACUAAAUUUCUGUCAGGAUUUUCUCUCAGCAUCUUCUGUGCUUGCCCAGAGUUCAGUCCAAGGACUCAUUCAUGAAGCAGAAGUAGAUCCUGCGAGGUUUCUGGAGUAACAAUAAUAUUUAAGUAAUAUGUUAAAGGGGUCGUCCAGAAUGUAAUUUUAAGGCUUGGUUGUGUUUAUAAGAUGCAAAGCAAUGUGUGCUCAUGUUUCACUUGAACAAAUCGCAUUAUUUUUUCAUGUAUCUCACUUUGAUUCUACACAGUUACUCAGCUAACAUGAAAACCACUGUUAUAUUUCUUAGUUCAUCUGAAAGGCCCGCUCUUACUACAAAAUACAGUUGCUACAGAAUACGGGUAACGCUAGACACUGUACAUGUCAUGAUCAGUUUUAACAAAUAAAAACACUUACAGGUUGUAGUUCACA